CGAAGUAGGGUCGAAACUUUUCAAUAAUUCAAAUGUAAUCGGGUAUAACAGAAUGGAAAUAUGGAAAUAUGUGCCGCUGCCCGUGUACACAUGUUUCAUUGUACGCAGUAAUUACACACAGAGAGCUGUGCUCGGUUUUAUUAGUAUUAUAGUGGUGUUGUUGUUGGCUUGAAUUGAAUUGAAAAACUAAAAAAACCGUCAGUUUUAAAGUGAAACCUUUCAGUUUACCUUCAAAGUUCCAGUUGUCGAUAUGAGUCCAUCUCACGGUAUCGGUAAAGCACAAUUAGAGCUGAACAACGAUUACGACGAACUUCUGAAAGCUGGUUAUGAAUACGUCGAGGGAACACUAGUGCCACAGCCAAUAUCACGGCCCCAAUUCUCGUUGACCGAGUUAAAAAAUGCUAUACCACCCCAUUGUUUCGAACGGUCGAUGGUGAAAUCGUUUGGCUAUUUGGCAUUGGAUUUUCUGUACGUUAGUUUAUUAGCAUAUUGUGCCUACAUUGCGUUGGAGCAACAGUCCAUCUACUGGCAACUGAUUGGAUAUCCCAUUUACUGGUUCUGCCAGGGAAGUAUACUGUUUGGUGUGUGGGUGUUAGCUCAUGAAUGUGGGCAUUCGGCGUUCUCGGAUAGUGAUUUUGUGAACGACACUGUCGGACUUAUUGUACACGCGGCACUGCUAACACCUUACUAUAGUUGGAAAAUCAGUCAUCGCAAACAUCAUGCCAAUACAGGAAGUUGUGAACAUGACAUGGCCUUUGUUCCAUUUUCACAAAGCGAUUUAGAGCCGACUUGGUCCGAUACGUUAGAAGACAGUCCCAUCUACCAUGUCUACAAAAUUUUCAAAGUGUUAUCGAUCGGUUGGAUGCCCGGCUAUUUGGGCUUCUUCGGAUGGGGACCAAGAAAGCACGACAAUGGGCCUAAGUGUCACUUCAAUCCAAAAGCGGAAUUCUUUGCACCAAAGGAACGGCAUCUAAUUGUUAUAAAUGAUUUUGCUGUUGUAUUGGCCAUGGUUACUGUUGGAUAUUUCAUAUACACCUGCGGUUUUCCCAUCGUGUUCCGAUUGUACUUGAUGCCAUACCUUGUGAUGAAUGCAUACUUGGUCACUGUUACGUAUUUGCAUCAUACGGACACCUAUGUCCCGCAUUAUCGAGAAGGUGAGUGGAGUUGGUUGCGCGGAUCCUUAUGCACCGUUGACCGUUCGUAUGGAAAAAUAUUGGACGUAGUUCUGCAUCACAUUACAGACACUCAUGUGUGCCAUCACAUUUUUUCGAAAAUGCCGUUCUAUCAUUGUGUCGAAGCAACGGAGGCUAUUAAGCCGAUUUUGGGAAAGUAUUAUUUGAGGGACACAACGCCCGUUUUUUCGGCUUUGUGGCGCAUAGUGAAUCAUUGUAAAUAUGUGCAGAAUGAUGGGAGCGUUGUAUUUUAUAAGAAAAAGUCUUGGAAAAAGUCGGACUAAAUUGUGCAAAUUGUGUUCGUGAACUGCAUUUUCAUUAGUUCUUUUAAAAUUACUUAUACCUCGGAACAACAAAGGAAACAUUUUUUUUAAAUUAAAUUAAUUCGUCAAUUUUACACAAUUACACAAACAUUUGACCAGAAACGUCGACUGUAGAAGUAACAAAAUUCGAAAAACUACGCCAAGAGUUUACCGUGUUUUAAGCGUAUUAAGCAAGGCUGUAACCCUUGGUGGGUUACGCAGAUUCAAGCUUAGAGUAAUUAUACCUACGACGAAAUGUGGUCCUUCAUCAGUUUGUAUAAGAUUUCGUAUAAUUUUACACCACGUGUAUACGUGUAUGCGUUCGCUUUUGAUAGUUCAAUUAAGAGGGCAAACUCACAUACCAAUAAAAAUUUCGUAUUUGAUGUUGGGACCACAUAUUUUUCUUAAUUUUGUUCGAAAUUUCGGAUUCGGAUUCAAGGCUGUAAACUUUGGUGAGGUCAUAGAUACGCGGAUGACUUACCACACUUGACGCGAUAAUACGACGGAUUUUGACUCAACAAAAUUCACCUUCUGUGACGAUUGUCGUCGCCGUGAUGAAUUUCUUUUUUUGUAUGCAAAAUCAUCAGAAGUGGUGUGAUCUUGCGUACGUAAUAAAAUAACAAUCUGAGUGACGUUUCCAAAGUUUACAGCCUCGCACUGAGUUUUGGAUUCAUAAAAUAAGUACGGUCAGUGCAGAACAGCAUUGUGAUAAUGAUAAGCGGGGGCACUACAUGUUCCAUACUAAAAACUCACCACGCGAUACAAAUUCGAUUUUGGUGAAUUUCUUUGAAUGGGGAUGACGAAGGUCCGCGUAUCUAAUAAAUUGACGAUCUGUGUUAUUUCCCCAAAAGUUUAAAGUCAUGGUAGCUAUAAGUUACUCAAGUCCAAAUUUUUCCAUAAUGCAAUCUUUUCACAAAUGGCUCUGCAAAGAAUAUUCCACGGCUGUGUACUUAAGGGAAGUAAGAAAACACGCGAACGAACGACUUUACAUACAAAAAUCAAUUUACUAAAAUCGAAUUUGUUUAACGUGGUGAAUUUUUAGUAUGCAAAGUGUUAUGUCACCCGCGUAUUUUAAUGGUCGUGAACUCACCAAAAUCACAGCCUUGGCAUUAUGCCAUUCAAUCAUUCAACAUUUUGUGUUAAAUUUCGAAAGUAAUUCACAGUUCGACUUGUAUGGAUUCGAACAGCGACCUUCAUGAGUAAAUAGGAAAAGUGCGUUGAGAGAGGACAAUUUUAUUUUUAAGGGAAAAUUUCGUAUACCAACACAACAAUUGUAUGCAUGUGUUGGUUUGAAUUACAGAUGAAACAAUGGAAAUACAAAACAGCUGUCACUGUCACUACUUGCAGUGCGUUUAUUCGAAGAAAAUUUUAAAUUUUGUAGCGAACGCAGUGCUAUUCUGUUUGACGUCAUUGCGAACAAAUUGAAAAAUAAAAAUGUAAACUUACACUUAAA